AUGGGGACCGUCCUCUCUAUAUCUCCGACGACGAAGAAGUCCUCUAUUAUGGACUCUGAGGUCGCAGGAGAUGGGCUCAAAAACGACAAGAGCCUCAAGCGACACUCGAUGUUUGUCUCUCUCUCCUGGAAGAAGCUGGUGGCCAAUUCGGCCAAGAAGAGUGCCAAGAAAGUGACCCCGAACCCACUGCCCGCCCGCGAACUCCCGUCCAGCCAGGUGGCUCAGCUGAACAGCGAAAACAUCAGGAAAACGCACCAAACCGAAGAGAAGAAACCCAAAGCGCCCAUCCCGGUCCCGGUGCCCACGGUCCCCACGCAAAACAAGGAGGCCUCCGUCCCGAACGGGAGGCUCUCCACGGUCCAGAAGCAACCCAGCAACCUGUCUCUGGUGUCACCGAGGCGGAUAGUUAUCCAGGCUUCAACCGGGGAGCUGCUUCGCUGUUUGGGGGACUUCAUGUGCCGCAGGUGUUAUAAACUGAAAGCGUUAAACAGCGGAGAGGUGAUCCUCUGGUUCCGAAAUAUUGACCGGACUCUUUUGCUCCAGGGCUGGCAGGACCAAGGCUUCAUCACGCCGGCGAACGUGGUGUUCGUGUACCUGCUGUGCGAGGACACAGUGGCGGACAGUAUUGACAGCCCGGCCGAGCUGCAGGGCACCUUCCAGACGUGCCUCUACCUCGCCUACUCCUACAUGGGCAACGAGAUCUCCUACCCGCUCAAGCCGUUCAUGAUCGAGGCGAACAAGGACGUUUUCUGGGAGACUUCACUCCGGAUCAUCAACAGGAUGAGUGCCAAAAUGCUGCAGCUGAAUGCGGACCCGCACUUUUUCACCGAGGUCUUCCAGGACCUCAAAAACCAGCGAGACACCUGCGAGUCAAACCUGGACCGCUGA